ACCCAACUAAGAAACGUCAUCAGUGUUACGAAGCAGUGGAGUUUGUUCUUAUUUUUUCAUUUUUUUAAAAAAAUGAACCAACUCCACUCCCUCUUAGACCUGGUGACAUUCCCUAGUUGGGUCAUGAAACGUCUAUGGGGGGAAAAAAACCCACCAAGCCCAGCCACAGUGACCGAUGUUCUCUCCUUUUGAUACCCCUUCAACGGCCUUUUCUCUCUUUCCUGAGGAAAGAAUCCCCCCGGAUCGCGCAAUGGAGUCCCGCCCCCAGGCCCCUCUUCUCCCUGAGCAGACUUUUGACCGGGAAGUCAAGCAAAACAUGGCCGAGCUUUCGCUCUGGACCGUCGUGGCCGCCAUCCAAGCGGUCGAGAGGAAAGUCGAUGCGCACGCCAGCCGGCUGCUCAACCUGGAGCGCCGCGUGAUGACCAACGAGAAGAAAUACGUGGACUGCGAGAACGCCGUGGUGGACUUCGGCAACCAGAUGGAGUGCAAGCUAUCAGCCCUGGGCACCCUCAUCCAGGAAUAUGGGCUGCUCCAGAGGAGGCUGGAGAACAUGGAGAACCUCUUGAAGAACCAGAACUUCUGGAUCCUCAGGCUUCCCCCGGGAUCCAAGGGGGAGACGCCAAAGGUGCCCAUGACUUUUGAGGACAACGCUGUCUACUUCUCAGAGCAGGAGUGGGGCAACCUGGAGGAAUGGCAGAAGGAACUCUACAAGAACGUGAUGAAGAGUAACUACGAGUCGCUGGUGUCCUUGGACUAUGCCAUCGCUAAACCAGAUCUUCUGUCCCGGAUCGAACAAGGAGAACGUCCCUGCGCUGAGGAAGAGGAGGCAGCAACAACAGACAGAGUGAUACCUUCGGAACCCAGCCCAGAAAUCCUGGUUUUUCGACCCUGCCUCUCCUCCCCAGCAGAAGAAGGGGGUCACAGCCAAGAAGGGGAACAGGGAGAAGGACGGAGGGUCCCACAGGCAUCCAGCGUCGAUGACGAAGUUGCCCAGACGUCCUUCAGGUCUCAAGGGAAGCGAGAUCUGGAGAGGACCAUGGAGGCCCCAGACAUCUCGGACAAAGGCGAGCUUCACGUCCCGCCAACCAUGGCCCUCGCAACAAACCACAUCUUAAUCAAAACGGAGCCAGACGACGACUCUGCAGCCCAUGAGACCUGGAUGAUGGCGGGAGAGACAUUUGUGGAAAGAAUUAUAAAGAAAGAAGAGGACUUCGAUUCCUGUAUGUGGCCAAGGGACUCUCCAGGGGAGACAGCCGACUACGAGGGCAGUCCGGCGGAAGAAGCAGCUGCUCAUGUCCGCCGGCAGUGUCAGAUUGGCCGCCAAGAGCGCCCACAAAGUUACAGAAGUCUCACCCCUUCGGGGCGAAAUCUCUCCUUGCCACUCGUGAAUGGGAGCCCUCUGAUGUCACCUCAAGAGACAGGGCAGCCAUCUGCCGGUCCGCCGGGAGAGAAGCUGUGGGCUUGUCCGCUGUGCCACCAACGCUUCCGACUCCACGUCCACCUGCUGCUCCAUCAGAACACCCACCGGGAAGCGCCUGCCGAGCCUGUGCCGAAGGACCCACUGGGCUGCCCCUACUGUCCCCGGCGUUUCGGCCGCUCAGAUCACCUGCUACGUCACCAGAUGAGCCACACGGGCGCCCGGCCUCAUCAAUGCCCGGCAUGCGAGAAGAGCUUUACAGACAAAAGCAAGCUGACCAAUCACUUCCGGACCCACACGGGAGAACGCCCCUUCCACUGCACAGACUGCGGGAAGCACUUCGUCCGGCGGCACCACCUGGCCAAGCACCAGCGCACCCACACAAGGGAGCGGCCCCACCAGUGCCCGCUCUGCCCGAAGAGCUUCAUGCAGAAGCACCACCUGCAGAAACACCUCCGCACCCACACAGGGGAGAAGCCCUACAAGUGCGGCCUGUGCCCCAAGGCUUUCGCCUGCAAGCAGCGCCUGCUGCAGCACAGCUGCACCUUGCCUCCGGUGCCCCCCGCUGAAACCGCCGGGCGGCCCUUGGCCCUCCUGAAAGGGACGCCCGCUUCCUGACCCACUGACGCAACCGGGACUUCGCCCCACCUCACCCCCUUUGCUGGGGCCAUUGUAGUUCCGCUUGACCGUCAUUCAGAUACAGAAAUUCAACUCUCCAGGUGCCAUGUAGCUUCCCUUCUUUGUGGAUUAUGUUUCUAGGGAAGUCAGGCUGGCGAAGAUUCUGUUCGGUUGGACAGAAAAACAAACAAACACUGAUCAUCCCUUGAAGGUCCCGAAUCAGGCUUUGAUCAGCCCUGGAAGGUCCUCUAUCACCCUUUGAUCAAUUAUUGACAAUCCUGAGUCAGCCUUUGAUCGGAAGGUCCUUAAGCGUUGGGUCAAAUGUGGUUGACCAAUCACCUUCAUCUUCAUUCAGUCUGUGGCCAACUCUGCGUUUCAUUGUUUAAGAAGGUCCCAAAAGGAGGUGGACCUGGAAGUGAACAGGGCAGAGGCUGCUGUUUUUUGAAGGCUUCCUUGGAGGCUCAUCGUCGUGAAGAUGUGACUAUUAGAUCAAGAAAGGAAUUCCCUGGUUGUCGUGGACUCUGUUUUGGCUUCCCCCAGGCAGAUCCUGGGCCUGUCUGCUCGGAAACCCAAGUUUGAGAAGUGGAAUGGCUUGCCCCAGAACUUGUGGAUGCUCUAUCAAUGGAGUUUUCCAAGAAGAGACUAGACCUCCAUUUGUCCAGAAUGGGACAGUGUGUCCUGCUCAAGCAGAGGUUUGGAGUAGAAGACCUCUGCGGUCCCUUCUGACUCUCGUUAUUCUGCAAUUCCCAAGUAAACAGAACAAGACAGGAUUUUGAUCGGAUCACCAUUGGACUUCCUGAAUUCUCUGCAGCUUUCCCACCCCCUCUUUAUUUCAAGGCCCAAAAGAUGCCGUUUGUGUCUCAGCUGCUUGCGUCGCCUCCGAGACCUUGUGUGGGAACUUGGUUGUUGGGAUGGGGAGAGACACAGAAAGGAGCCGAGGAGGAGCCAAAGUGUGACUAGGAUUAUGUUGGUUUUUUUCCAUUAUGCUCAAUUUCUAUGCUGUUUUAUAAGCGCUGUUGUAACUCUCGGAGGAAAACUUCCCCAAAAAGCUGAAACUUGGGGAUGGGUGGCCGAAAGAAAAGUGUUCUUUGCUUUUUUUUUUUCCUUCUUUUUCUUUUUUAAUUUGUGUAAAGUCUCUGUUUUCCGUGCUUCCUCUUUUCCCUUGAUUAAAAAGUUAAGAUGAGCUCGUGCAUGCGAGGAAAUGAUAGGGUU